AUGAGUCUCAAUUGCCUUACCUGUGGCCAUAUCCUUAAAAGAGAUAACUCCGAUAGAGAGAAUAAUUUUCUUGAAAUAGAAAAAUCUUAUACUAAAAAAACAAGAUUAUAUGUUGAUAGAAGUUGGUCAGGGAAUAUAGCUCCACCGCAAUCCAAAGGUGGCGGUGGUGGUGUCGUGGUGGAUAACACUAAACCGGAAUUCCGCCGGGCCAAUAGUGCGGGAAAUGUUGGACCAAGAUUGUUAAGGAGCAGUGGAAUGAGAAGAGAUUGGCGUUUGGAAGAGUUGAUUGGACAACAAGAAAAUGGAGUUAGAUGUAAUGGAUAA